AUGGCCUUGCCGUCGCCUUCAGAGGGAAAGAAAAUUAUGCCGCAAUUAUUGAAAAAAAUAAAAAUUCUUUUGAGCGUCCUGUUCACGCUACAGUGGAAGGGAGCCCAUUAUGUAAACUCCCUGCAAACUCACAAAGGGACACAUAACAGGCAAAUAACCAACUCGGUGUUGUAUCUAGAUAGGCAGUUAUGUGACCCUUUUUUAUAUUACCCCAUUCGGAAGAAAAAGCCCUCCACUGGGGCCACACAGAACAAGAUCAGAUGUACCCCGACAAAGAAGGAAGAAGAGGAGGACGCUGCAUUUGGAAUUGAACUGGAGAAUCUCAUGAAAGACCUAGAGGAGGGGAAAUACGGGGAUGAGUCGCUCAACCUAUACAAGGAGGUGGAGCGUAGGAACCUAGAGGAAGAAGAAAAGGAAGCCCAAGGGAUGAAAAAAGCAGAAGAGGAAAUAGACAUGCACGAUGUGGAAGGCGUAAUUAACAACACGGACGACAAUCUUAAGACCUCCGUCAGAAAGGCAUUUUACAACACAGAUCUAAAUGAACAAGAUAGCCAAGAUGUGAAGAAAGAAUAUAACAUGAUGAAAAAAAUUGAAAAAACUUUUGAUGAUAUUGAUGAUGUAAAUUAUCCUGAGGAAAAAUUAAACAUGAAAAAUGUUUUGGAUAAAAUUAGCUCCAUGAAAGACCCGGAGAAUCCAGAGACGCCAUUCAAAGACACCGCGAAGACUUUGAUGAAGUACAAGGGGCUGUUGCACAUGCCAUAUGUGCAGUGUAGGUUGCUCAACGGUGGAGAGCUGGACUGGAGAGAAUCCCUGGAUCACAUUGAGUUAAAUAUCCCCAUUUUUGAAGAAACCGAUCAGAAAGACGUCUUCUUCCAAUUCGGAAAUGACCACAUCAAGUUGGAAAUCCUCAGGAGUGGCAGCAAAGUCCUUCUGCUAAAUCAUAAGCUAUGUGGGAAGAUUAACUACGGAGACGCAUACUGGGUGAUAACAGGCGAUUACAAAGAGGGCGAGAAGCACAUCAAUUUGGUCCUUCCCAAAAUGGGGGCUUUUAAAUACAUAUGGGAGAAAUUGCUGCAGGACGGGGAACAGGGGACUUAG